AUGUUUAAUUGUAUAUUAAAUUUAUGUCAUACAAACAAUAUUUGCUUUAAUUUUAAGUAUGUUACUAUUGACUUUGAACAAGCUGCUAUUAAUUCCAUUAAAUUGAUUUUUCCAAAUGCUAUUGUUAAUGGAUAUAAUUUCCACUUCAAUAAAUGUAUUUAUACCCAAUUACAAGAUUUAGAAGUUCAAUCUGCAUUUAUUAAUAAGAAAUCCACUGAUAUAAAUGAAAUUAAUGUUAGAAAUCUUCACAAAAAAACAUGUGCACUUGUAUUUAUGCCACCACAAGAAAUUAGUAAAUUAUGGGUAAUGAUAAUGGAUGACUAUCAAGAUAUUGGUAAUACUCGAGAAUUUUAUGAUUAUAUAACAAGUACAUGGAUAGAUGAUGAUGCAUUAAUUGAUUAUACAUUAUGGAAUUAUUAUGAUUUUAAAAAUUUAAGGACUAACAACAGCUUGGAGAGAUGGCACCACAGACUAAAUAGGGAUUUAAAUAAUGCUGUACAUCCACAUUUUUAUGUAUUUAUACAUGCAAUUCAAAAUGAUUAUGCUUAUAAUUCAGCAAUAUUAUCGCGUCAUUUGCAAACUGGUACGCUGUCUCCAUGGAAAAAAUUAUUUGUUAAUCGAAAUGCAAGAUUAAAUAAUUUAGAAGAACGUUUCAAACAAAAUAAAUUAGCAUCACAUGAAUAUCUUGAAAAAAUUAUGCAAUUAAUCGAAAUAAAAAGUAUUAAUUUUGCUUUGCCACUUGCAUCCCAGCCUGUUCCAACGGAGGCAACUGCACAGCAACAAAUGUUUGCACUUGUGACUCGACGAUGUGGACAGGAUCCUAUUGUCAGACACGCAUAUAUUUAUGAUUAUUCAACCCUAACACAAUACGUCUAUGUAAACGGCUAUUUGGAUACUUCACGUAGUCAAGCUGGGCCAUACCAAGGUACAUCAGGGGCAUUAACUGUUGGUACGAACAGUGUCAAUACACCGAAUAACUAUUUUGAUGGUUGUAUUGAUUCGGUUGCAUACUUUAGUCGAGCAAAGAAUUCAACGGAGGUAUUAUAUGAUGCAACUGUUGUGGCCUAUCUACCUUUCGAUGGUAAUACUCUUCUUGAUAGCGGUCCUUUACAGAUUAAUGGAACAGGAACGAGCUACUCUUAUACAUCAUCCGGUAAAGUCAAUGCUGCUCUUACACUUUCGGGCAGCUCCUCUUAUAUCCAAAUUACAGGCCUCAGACGCAUAGGUACAAGUGGUUGGCCAUAUACGGUUGCCAUUUGGAUCUAUCCUACAAGCGCAUCUGGUGGAACGAUUAUGCAUUUGAGUUCUGGAACGAAUGGAGUUGGCUGGUGUAUUCCGAUUAUGGGUUUCACUUCGGCUGGACUAAUUGCUAUUCAUAGUUGGAAUAGUGGCAGCGUUGCCAUUACUGGACCUAGCGUUUCACUUAAUACAUGGACUCAUGUUGCAGCAACUUAUUCAUCGAGCAAUGGAGAACGACUGUAUGUCAAUGGUAAUCAAUAUGGUUCAGCGUCAGGUACUUAUACAUUUACCGCUGGUGGUGUUCCGAUGACGAUUACACUCGGAAAUUCACUGAGUGGAACCGGAGUUUGUGCCAGAGGUCCGAUACAACUGGGACAGUAUAGUGGAUCAUUAGAUGAAUUUCGAGUCUAUGCACGUGAACUCACAGCAUCAGAAGUAUAUUCAAUAGCACAUCCAUAA